AUGGGUUAUAAUAUUUUUAUUAUUAUUGUCAUUUUUUGUUUUUCAAUUAAAUUAGUUGAAGGAAAAAUAUCUUCAGGAAUAUUAAUUUCUAAUAAUGAUUGGGAAUAUUUGGAUAGAUUCUGCUUUGUAUCUCAAGAAGGAACAUUUAAAUACAAUAUUUACUAUCCAAAAAAUUUCGAACUUCAAUCAAUUUAUAUGUAUUACGAUACAGAUAAUCAAUGGAAAGCUGCUUAUAAUAAUGCUUCUUUAACUUGCAAUGAUAGAGAACGUCUUUUAGAUCCAAAAAAUUAUCAAAUAAUCAGACUUGCCCCAAGCGCUAAAUUUAUAGAUGAACAUUCGAGUUGCGAAACAAUUGAAAAGAAUAAUGAAAGUUGGUAUCAUUGUUUUGGAAAACGAUCUUUUUUUUCAAUGCGGCCAAGAUGGUGGUAUUUUGCAAUAGGAAAUUGUGAUUCACAAAAUGGUCUUUAUUUGGAAUAUUCUCUUUUAAUGACAAAUUCUCAUAAUAAAACAAAUCGUUGGAAAUAUCAUUUUUCUUUUGACGAAUUUUAUGUUUUGAAGAAACGUAAAAUGCUGCAUAUAACAUUUCGUUUAUUUCUUCACUCACUUUUUUGUGAAUUAAUUGCUUCUACUUUACUUUGGAUGCAUUUUGAUCGUUAUGCAGAUGAUGGGGAAGGAAUGCCUUUGCUUAAAUUUUGUUCGAUGAUUUUAAGGUUAUAA